UAAAAGGGUUAAAUGUAAUGAUUCCUAAAUCAGUUUCUGUUCUGAUGCGAUGCAGACUACAUGAACAUGCAGAAUCCAAACGCAGCAGCAGACCGGACUCAGAAAACUGUUAUCCCAGAGGUCCGAUAUCACCCGAGCAUCCAGAUCAAUGCACCCGCAGCCAAAACCAGAACCAGUCAGACCCAGAGAACCAGACCUGCUGCUGUACGCCCCCCUCAGACUGGGACUGACCGUAAGAUCCUUCAGGUAAAUCCAAGUCCUGCUGUGAAACUGCCACCUGAUGGAGGACAAAACCAAGAGCAGAGCACUUUGAAACCCAUGAACAAACCGGAACAGAGAACUCCGAAAACUAUGAAAAAACAGGAACAGAGAACUCUGAAACCUACAAACAAACUGGUCCAGAGAGCGGCUGCAGAUCCAGAUCCUGCCAGAGUCCCUGUCAGACCACAGGAGGUCCCUCCGGGUCUUGGGGUCCAGUUGGACCAGUGUGUUGUGGAUCAAGUAGAGGUUCUGACCCGCGGACAGAGUACCAAUCAGGACUGGUUCGCCUGGAGGAAGAACCGGAUCACUGCCUCUGUGGCUCACCGCAUCGCUCGCAGCGGAUUCGUUAACGGGAAGAGCACGACCCCGCCCACCUCCUACCUGGCUGCUAUCAUGGGCGAGGGGCCGAGGGUCCAGACCAGAGCCAUGUCCUGGGGGAUCCAGAAGGAGGCCCAGGUGGUCCGCAUAUAUCAGAGGAUGAAGAGCAACGCGUUGGGUCACAAAGUCUCCGUUCGGGACUGCGGGUUGUUCAUCGACGCCCGGCGGAGCUGGCUAGCAGCGAGUCCUGACGGCAUCGUGACGGACAGCCGGACCGGCCAAUGGCUGCUCUGCCUCGAGGUGAAGUGUCCUUACAAACACAAAGACAGACGGGUGGAGGACGCCUGCAGGGACGACCCCGCCUUCUGUCUGGAAAUACAGGACGAGGACGGACAGGAGCCCGGAGGGUCCCUGGUCUACCGCUUGAAGACGUCCCACUGUUACUACACACAGAUCCAGGUCCAGCUGGCAGUGACGGGCCUGAGGCGAGCCGACCUCGCCGUCUUCACCCUUAAGGAGACCGCCAUCGUCCCAGUGACCUUUGACCCUGACCUUUGGGAGGAGACAUUGUCCAAACUGGAGAUGUUUUACAGGGACGCCGUCGUGCCUCACAUAAAACAGAAGAGGCAGCAGGACGCAGCAGCAGCCUGGACCCGUGAGCUGUAGAGACGGACGACUGAUACUGAAGAGCAAACCACACCAGCAAUUCACACAUGAAUGACACAUGAUGAAUUGCUGGUGUGUUGUGUGAAUUGCUGGCGUGUUGUGUGAAUUGCUGGCGUGUUGUGUGAAUUGCUGGCGUGUUGUGUGAAUUGCUGGCGUGUUGUGUGAAUUGCUGGCGUGUUGUGUGAAUUUCUGGCGUGUUGUGUGAAUUUCUGGCGUGUUGUGUGAAUUGCUGGUGUGUUGUGUGAAUUGCUGGUAUGUUGUCUGAAUUGCUGGCGUGUUGUGUGAAUUGCUGGCGUGUUGUGUGAAUUGCUGGCGUGUUGUGUAAAUUGCUGGCGUGUUGUGUGAAUUGCUGGCGUGUUGUGUGAAUUGCUGGCGUGUUGUGUGAAUUGCUGGCGUGUUGUCUGAAUUGCUGGUAUGUUGUGUGAAUUGCUGGCGUGUUGUCUGAAUUGCUGGCGUGUUGUGUGAAUUGCUGGCGUGUUGUGUGAAUUGCUGGCGUGUUGCGUGAAUUGCUGGCGUGUUGUGUGAAUGGCUGGCGUGUUGUGUGAAUUGCUGGCAUCGUUUGCACUUCAGGGCCACCGUAGAAAGCCUUUCUUGUUAUAACAAGAUCAUUCUCAUCCAACAAAUUUUUCUAGUGUGUUUUUGUCUUGCUAAAAUAUAAAGCUAUUUUGUAUAAGAAAAUGUUUUGCUGUAUUUAUUUUAUUUUAUAUAUAAUUAUAUAUAUAUAUAUCAGUGUGUCCCUAGCAUUAUAUCGGAGGGGGUGUGUGAGGUUCUUGCUCACAUUUAGCUCUCAAAGUGCACAAGAUUGAUGCAUUUUACUUAAAAAUGUACACAUUUUUUUCCCAGGAGGGCAUGCACGUCAGAAUAGUACAUCAUGAAACAAUUUUGACUGAAUCAAGAAGAAGUCUGUUAAGAACAGAGAAACAAAACGAGCUCAUGUUGUAUUUUUCAUUUUUCGGAUGAUAUGCAGUUGUACGUACAUUAUAACUUUUAUAUACAUUACUUUUUAAAAGUAUUUUUUAACUACAAUUUUCAUAUUGUUUGUAAAACGUUCUCAGAACUACAAAUAAAAAAAUUAUCUACA